AUGACGCACACACACAACCACAAAGAACCACGAUGGAGCGUUGCUCUCGUUGGCUCGUCAAUAGCCCAACAAACCUUUCACGCCCUCUCUGGUAAUAACUCCACAAAGGAUGAAUCACAAAAUUGCAGCAAACACAAAGGUGAAGGUCACAAAGCUAUCUCUUCAGCUUCACUUGCUCUUCUCGCUGCUAUGAAACUGAUGGCAGAGUCGGGGAUUCUAAUCCCUAAGAAAAGCCAUAGAAGGAAAGAGUUUGGAAAUGAAAGAGUGAGCCCCUCAUCCCUCCCUCGUCGACACCGACCGCCCCGCCUGCUCCCUUCUCAUCUCCUCCGCCGCCUACUCCUCCCUCUCUGCGGCCUCUCUGCCGCCUCCUCCGGCUCCGCCAACGUCUCCCUCUGCCAGUGGCUCUACGACACCUACCUCUCCGGCUUCGAGGCCGUCCUCUUAGCGCUCUACACUUCCGAAACCAAAGCCCGCAACGGUAAGGCCGUCACCGUCUCCAUCCCCGAUCUCUCGCAGCCAUCGCUCUAUCACGCCCCGCGUAACCCUAAUAAGUUCUCUAGCCCUCAUUCGAACCCUAGGCCUUCAAUUGGGGUUCUCAGAUGCCGUAGCUGGUCAAAGCUUGACUUCUGCAAGUUUGCCUCUGUUUGGGCAAGCGUGGAUUGCCCUUGCACUUCUGAUUUUGAUGGGAAACCGAAGAGUUUUGCAGAGAAGAACGAGGGACGCUGGAGUGAGAAUGGAUUUGGGGGAUAAUAUUAGGGUUGAAGCAGACGAGAUGGAUUUUGUGGAGGAGAGA